CUGUUGUGGAAAUUACUCUGAAAUAUGUAAUAUUCGACUUCUCUUCAUUCAAACUUCAAAGUCUUUCUUUUUAGUCCGAGUCAAUAUACUUACUUACCAACGCCGGCCUGUGUUUAGUUAUAAAUAUCGAUCGAGUUCCACUACUCCAGUACGUACUUGUGGAUCAAACUGAGUUCUAUCUCUACUCCUAAAUAUAUAUCUCAAAACCAAGUCUCGGUCAUCCUCGCCUAGUACGUACACAGCGAGAUCAUUCUCAUGGCUCAGAUAACUCCGAAUCACACACAGACUGUUUCAGGGUGGGCAGCUCACGAUUCCUCCGGCGAGAUUACCCCUUUCAUCUUCAAGCGAAGGGAAAACGGGAUCAAUGAUGUUACGAUAAAGAUACUGUACUGUGGGAUAUGCCACACUGAUCUCCACCAAGCUAGGAAUGACUGGGGCAUCACCAUGUAUCCUAUUGUCCCUGGUCAUGAGAUUACUGGGGUGGUCACGAAAGUUGGGAGCAACGUGAAGAACUUCUCGGUUGGAGAUAGAGUUGGGGUCGGGUGCCUUGCGGCGACGUGCUUGGAGUGUGAUUUCUGCAAGGAAUCCCAGGAGAACUACUGCGAGGAUCUUCAGUUUACCUACAAUGGCGUCUUCUGGGAUGGUAGUAUUACCUACGGUGGCUACUCCAAAAUGUUGGUCGCCGAUCACAGGUAUGUGGUGCACAUACCAGAAAACCUGCCAAUGGAUGGUGCAGCGCCGCUAUUGUGCGCCGGAGUGACUGUGUUCAGCCCCUUGAGAGAUCACGACUUGCACAAAUCACCGGGAAAGAAAAUCGGCGUCGUCGGCCUCGGAGGUCUCGGACACGUGGCUGUGAAAUUUGGCAAGGCUUUGGGUCAUCACGUCACCGUCAUCAGCACCUCUCCGUCCAAAGAGAAAGAGGCCAAAGGUCACUUGGGUGCAGACGAUUUUAUAGUCAGCACCGAUGACCAGCAAAUGCAGAAAGGAAAGAAGAGACUGGACUUCAUAUUGAACACGGUGUCAGCUAAGCACUGUCUCGGACCACUGUUAGAGCUGCUCAAAGUGAACGGGACCAUGGUGGUUGUGGGUGCGCCAGACCAACCCUUUACAUUGCCUUCCUUCCCCAUGAUAUUCGGGAAGAGAGCAGUGAAGGGUAGUGUGAUCGGAGGGAUGGAUGAGACGAGGGAGAUGAUGGAACUCUGCGGCAAACACAAUAUUACGUGUGACAUCGAGCUUACAACGCCGGACAAAAUCAACCAAGCCUUAGAUCGCGUUGCAAAGAAUGACGUUAGGUAUCGCUUUGUUAUCGACAUUGGUAAUUCUCCCGCUGCUGUUGUUGAUGAUGAUCAAAUCUGUUCCAGUCUAUAGAGUUAUCCAAGAGGUCUAAAACCAUAUAUUGUAAUCUUAAUCUUAAUUGGUUGCAUCGUGUCAUUUGAGUUUAAUUAAUUAAGGUGUUCGUGGGUCUUUGUCGCUUAGUUUGGUUAAGUCUCGAGAUGGUUGUUGGAGAAACUUGUGGAGUUUAGAGGGGUACUUUAGAAUCGGGUUCGUGUGCGUGGUUGUUAUCUUUGUAAACCAGUUCACAUUGAAAAUAUUUUGAAUAAGUCGAGUUAUUGCGUUCAA